AUGAUUUCGUUCCUUUUAUGCUCACUUAUCCUGCCCUAUCUCAUUGCCACGUGUGUCAAGAAAGGAUCGCAGAAAAGGUAAGUGUGCUGUGUAGACAAUCCGAACGGGCGGGUUUCAGCGAAGUGUCCAGAAGACUGCCCGUCUCUCCGGUUCCGUCGAUUUCCAAUUCGGCGCCGAUCGCCUCGGAGAGCGAGCCGUCCGAAGAUUCGAAGAGUGAAAAAAGUUUCAAAAAAAGCAAAAAUUCUGCGUAAGAGUUCCCUGGCGAGGUUAUCCAUAGAGCGAAGUUUAUCCAGAACUGAUUCGCUGAAAGUCCCACGACCAAACUUAUCCAACUCGGGGAAAUCUGGAAAAUCAGGCAAAUCGUCGAAAUCUGGUAAAAGUGAGCGAUCGGACACGGAUUCGGCCAAAACCGAAGUGAUAAAUGUACCACUGGGAAAGGCUGCAAUGUGAGUUUGGCCGGAUAAGAAGACACACUUUACGAUCUGAAACAUUUCAGAGACGUUCCGGCGGUCAACAUUCUAACACCCGCUUCUGAGCAUAAAGUCGCGUCGAUUUCAAUUCGAACACAGAGAGUUUCGUUCGCCGAAUCGCUGAAAAGAGUUCGAAGACGGGGAACACGUCCAGAGGAUUCAGAAGACGAGAAGACCAAGUACAUAGCGUGA